AUGGCACGGAAUCUCACGCAGCUGAAGAAAGAACGACUUUCCACCGGCAUGCAUGUCAAUAAGUGUCCCCGGCUUCCAUAUGACGAUCUGAUUGAUAUGAAGGCCGUAGUCCAACAAGCGAGGAACCCGAUCCGCACCCUGAACGGCCUUUUAGGCAUGUUGUACCCGCCCGCGAGAUUAUCACCUAUACUUGUGCGCUGCCGCCCCCAGCCAUGGUGGGAGCUGGCUGCAGACUACCGCCGUCCCCAAUUCCGCAGUCCGACACGCACACUAGUCACGAAUGCGGAUGCCAGUACCCGGCUUGAACCCUGGAACAAUUGGCCCAACGAUGUCGGGUUUGAAACCUUCCAUGAGGAGAGAGUGCCUGUAGAGCUCGGUGUCACGGGAACCAUUCCGUCCUAUGUCGCAGGCACACUGUAUCGUACUGGUCCUGGAGGGCACCAGGUGAAGACCGACCGCGGCACCACAUAUUCUGCCGCACACUGGUUCGACGGUUUCUCCCAGACGCAUCGAUUUCAGAUCAUCCAGCCGCCUGAUGGCUCGCCAACACGCGUAUUGUACAAUUCACGGCACAGUGCCGACCCCUUCAUCGAGUCCAUUCGAAGGACGGGGACGAUUCCUGGCUUCAGCUUUGCACAAAGGCGUGACCCUUGUACCACUGUCUUCCGCAAGCUGCGAUCCACGUUCUUCCCUGACCCGCUCCCGCCGCCCUCGCAGUUGAACAUCGGCGUGACACUUACAGUGAACCAUCCUGGCUUUCCUGGAGGGGACGGCCAGGUACCCGGAAUUCAAAAUCUCUACGCAAAGACGGACAUGAACGUGCUGAGUCGGCUCCACCCCGAGACUCUCGAACCCAUCGGGAUCGCCAUGCAGCAGUCGCUGCACCCAGACUUGACUGGAGUCCUCUCCGCAUCUCAUGCACGGUCCGAUCCCACCACGGGUGAUGUGUUCAACUACAACCUGGCCUUCGGUAAACACCCUACAUAUCGCGUUUUUCGUGUCUCCACGUCAACCGGCGAGACGGACAUCCUAGCUACCAUCACGGACGCGCCUGCGGCCUACAUCCACUCUGCUUUCCUGACCGAGAACUACUAUAUCCUAUGCGUCUGGGGCGCGCAUUUCGCAUGGGGUGGGAUGAAGAUCCUGUGGGAGAAUAACAUGCUCGACGCACUCAAGCCACUGGAUCCGGCGAAACAAACUCUAUGGUACGUCGUCGACCGCAAGCAUGGCCGAGGGGUGGUGGCGAAGUACGCAUGCGAUCCGUUCUUCGCGUUCCACGCCGUCAACGCGUGGGAGGAGCCGUCUCCCAACGACCCGAGCCAGACAGACAUCAUCACAUGCGUGCCUGUCUACCAGAACCUCGACGUCCUCAAACGUACGUUUUUCGAAAACCUCAAGUCCACGUCUCCAUCUGCUCGCGCAUAUGUCGGGGAGGGGAAUAAGCGUGCAGACUCCCGUCCCAUCCUCCAACACUGGCGCCUUCCAUCUGUCACUAACGACGCCGCGAAGGUCCUCCGUACUGCUAUCCUAGAAGAGGCUGCGGCACCAGAGGCAUCCAUGGAGCUCCCCGUCAUCAAUCCGGGCCACAUUGCAAAGCCCAUGCGAUUCGUGUAUGGGGUGGGCGAACAGGGGAAGAGCACAUUCGUGGACUCGCUCGUCAAGUAUGAUGUGGCGACGCGCACGGCGCGCGUCUGGUCGGUGCAUGGUCAGAGCCCUGGCGAGCCCAUAUUCGUCGCGAAUCCGGACGGGAGUGCAGAGGACGACGGCGUAUUGAUGAGCGUUGUGCUCGAUGGGUUCAGAGAGAAGAGUUACUUGCUCGUGCUGGACGCGAAGAGUAUGGAAGAAUUGGGUAGAGCCAGUCUGGACUGUGCGGUGACGAUAGGGUUUCAUGGGUCAUUUUACCCAGAGACAGGAUCCGGACCCGGAUUCUCUGUGUAG